GCCGCGGGAGCAGCAUGAGCGCGGCAGACCCGAGUCACGCGGCGGGAGCAGCCCCCGGUUCGCCCCCGGGCCAGGCGGCCGCGGCCUCGGCCUACCAGCGAUUCGAGCCCCGAGCCUACCUCCGUAACAAUUACGCGCCCCCGCGGGGGGACCUGAGCAGCCCCGACGGCGUCGGGCCCUGGAAGCUGGGCUGCUUGGCGCAGACCUUCGCCACUGGUGAGGUGUCUGGACACACCCUCAUCGACAUUGGUUCAGGCCCCACCAUAUACCAGCUGCUCAGCGCCUGUGCCCACUUCGAGGAUAUCACCAUGACUGACUUCCUGGAGGUGAACCGCCAGGAGCUGGGGCUCUGGCUGCGGCAAGAGCCUGGGGCCUUUGAUUGGAGCGCGUACAGCCAGCAUGUCUGCCUCAUUGAGGGCAAGGGUGAGUCCUGGCAGGAGAAGGAGCACCAGCUGCGAGCUAGGGUGAAGCGGGUCCUCCCCAUCGACGUGCACCAGCCCCAGCCCCUGGGUGCUGGGAGCCUGGCGCCCCUGCCUGCCGAUGCUCUGGUGUCUGCCUUUUGCCUGGAGGCGGUGAGCCCUGACCUUGCCAGCUUCCAGCGGGCCCUAGACCACAUCACCACGCUGCUAAAGCCUGGGGGGCACCUCCUCCUCAUUGGGGCCCUGGAGGAGUCGUGGUACCUGGCUGGGGAGGCCAGGCUAGAGGUGGUGCCCAUGUGUGAGGAGGAGGUGAGGGAGGCCCUGGUGUGUAGUGGCUACAAGGUGCGGGACCUACGCACCUACACCAUGCCUGCCCAUCUUCGAACAGGCGUGGAUGAUGUCAAGGGCAUCUUCUUUGCCUGGGCCCAGAAGAAUGUUGGGGUGUGAGGCUCCAGUGCACCCAGCUCUGGGAGUCCUCAGCCACCCAGAUUUCCUAUUACUGGAGGUGGCCCCUAAUAAAGAAAUGUCUGUCCU